CUUGUAAUUAUGUGUUAGACAGUCGAAACGCGAUUUCCGAGGAUCAUAAUUUCGUAAGCAUUUCCUUUCUUCGUUAAGUAAAGACGGUCCGGGAAUAGAGUAGCUUAUCGAAGGCUAGAGCUGUGUGUAUAUCUACGCACUAUCGCAUACCGUCAUGGAUACAAGAAUCGGUCAUAUUUUCAUUUUUUUUUUCUUGAAGUGUCACUAAUAAUCGAUUCUAAACUGAAAAGCUCAUUUUGAACAUUAAUAUUCUGUUGUGGGCCUUGUGUCUUCAUUUUGGGCCCAUUAGUGGACCAAGGACUCAUUCAAAACACUCGCAUCAAACCAUAAAUUUGAGGUCGCGGCCCAGCUCUAUGUAGCUCUGAUCAAAUCAAAGAAAGCAAUAGCAGCCUAGAGAGCACACUUUUUAUAGUGCACAGUCACAAAUUACACCGACUCAAUUUCAAAUUUCCCGCCAAAAAUCGAGAGAUGAGAGAUCAUCUUCGCACUCCUCAGCAGCCUCAUAAGCUCGCAAAGCGCAAUUUGAAAUGGAGCUUCGAACAAUACAGAUCUCCGAGAAAAUUUGUUGAGCAAUGUAACGAUGCGGUUAUCGCUCCUGGACCGGAUGAUGUUUCAAUCAAUUCAGUCAAGGAUUCUGAUGAUUUUCAAGUGGAUGAAUCUUCGGUGGAGAAUUCCAUGAGUUCACCAAGUACAGCUGUUCCGCCAUCAGUCGCAUCAGCAGAUUUAUAUCUCUCUCCUUUGUCCUCCGCACUCACUUCCGAUGGCUCUCCAAUAUUGUCCGAUCUCUCUCCUUUGUGCUCAGCGCUCACUGUCAAUGCAUCUCCAGUUUCCUCUAAAUGCUCUCAGAUGUCCUCCACAAUUACUUCGGACAAGGUGCACACUGAAGAUGUCAGAGUCAACUGCCAAACUGCAGAUUUAAGUGAGUAUGUGAAGAGAGACUCCGGGAAGAUAGAGCUUUUUGGGAAAAAACUUAGACAGGUUAGAACCCAAAGGAUGAAUUCAGACAAUAUGAUACUUCUAUCUAAGAGUGUGCUGGACGAACUGUUGAAGAUUGCGAUUGAGGACUUGCAUAAUCUGCCUGAGAAGAGAGGCUGGUUCAGUGAAAUAGUUGAGAAGAAAGUUAUGAAUGUCCUCAGGAAGCUUUUCGUUGUCACUUUGACGUUCAUGCUGUUGAUCAUUUUCGUGGGAGUUUUCAUCUUCAGUUCAGAUAAAAGAAGCUCUUACAAUGAACUUGUGCCAACAUGAUAAUUCGAUUGCAAACUGAUUGAUGCUCAAAGGGUAAAAUGUUGGAAAUCGGAAGAAAAUCCCCGCCCCUGGCCCACCUCCCAAGAGGUAUUUAGCAACCAUGUCAUUGCAUUUUGUAGACAUGAAGCUUCAGAAAGCAGUCUAGAAUCAAAAGGGAUGUAUAUUGUUUGUUGAGUCUGUAUUUUGUAUAAACAGCGAUACUAGUUAAAUCUGGUAGCUUGCUAUUGCUUGCUAAGAACAAGUUUUUGGUAGUGUUUUCCAGUACAGAUGUAUGAUUCUAGGAAAUAAUUGUGAAUAUGGAUUCUUAUGGAUAAUUGCAAUGAAUCAAAGUCAUGUGAUUGCCACUUUAGAAUUGGUUAUUAGAGGAGCCGCUGAAGCAAGUUAAAAAGGACAUUAUCUGACAAAUAUAUGGGAUCUUAGUGUUGAUUAAUGGAACAAUUAGCUAGGAGUUGAGUCGGUCUAACUAAUAAACUAAACAAAAGUAUAAUUUGAUAGUUUAUUGUCACUUGUGGCAGGUCCCAUAAUUUUGAUUAUUGUUAACCUAAUGCAUAAUCCAGCUGUAAUUGAAUGGAUUGGAUAUGCAGAUGCGAUAGACUAAACUGUAAGCGUAAAUAUUUUAGUUAGUGCAAGCCAAAAUGUAACAAAUGCAACCCUCUGAUAUGUAUAGCAAUUAUGUUUGUCAUUAGCCUAAUUGUAGCAAUCUGCAGUUGAUUCUAUUUGGUCGAAUAGUCUUGUCUGUUUUCUAGUUCAGCUGAAGUUCUAAAAUAUAGAAUAAUCGUUCUAUGUUGCUUGAAAUUGACAUUGGUCUGAAUGCCUUAUCUUUUACAGUGUUGCUUGAGGAUGGCUUCAAAUUUAUAAUUAACUAUGACGGAAAAGAGUUUGCUUAUAGACUAAUCCAUGAUUACUUAGGAGUAUCACUGAGGUUAUCUCUAAAACUUCCUUUUCAAGAUUGAGAUCUUUCUUACUGUUUCUACAAGUCUGUGUAACAAAGUCUACGGUUUGUUGAAGUAUUUGGACUUACAUUGUCUACUAAUCUCUUUGAGACAACCUUCACUAUAGCAAUGGCUAAUCAAGAAAACUUUAAUAAUUCAAGUCCCAGAAAGGUUGAAUAGUUUUACUUACCAGCUCUAUGACCUACUUAGACCAUUUUGUCUGGUCAAAAUUAUACAGAGUCUAUAUAUUCUCUCUUUUUUCCUUAUAGUAAAACACUUUCUACUAAUAAUUAACAUUGACUGUGGAUUUAACAGUGGUUCUGAAACUUUGGUUUUGGGAAUGUUUUCAUUCUCUAUUAGUUUAUCUUUAAGUACAACUAGUUUAGUAGUAAUUACUUGUUACAUCUAAGAGUAAACGACCCAGUUUUUCAACAUUGAACUUUUGAUAAAUAUAAUAUAUCAACAGCCCUUAUGCAAUAAAAUGACCAUAUCUUCUUCUUUUUUAUAAUAGAUAUUGAUUACUGUUAGAUGGUGUCUCAUGGUAGGGGGCAAUCACUCUGGCACAUGAUUAUGCUCUGUUAGUGUGUUCUGGUUUUGAAAUUUUAUUAGGCAAUUUGUGUAAGGUGUUUGAGAUUUACACAUGGAACAAUGAUUACAUGAGAAUGUGGAUUAGGCUCAUCAUCAAGUAAAUUAUAAUAUCAAAUAUUCGAACCACAAUCAUUAAGCGUGUCCAGUUGUCAUUUCCCAUGUUAUAUCAUUCUCUUCUUCCAGGAAACAGCCAAAUUUUAGACUAUUUCUUGAUCAUAGACUAAAAUGCUAAUCCUAAUUAAUUUAAAAUGUGCUAACCUAAUCUCUCUUUUUAGACAACUUGCAGUAGAAAACACACUCACAGUACAAGAGUGGGAUUUGUGCUGUUAAUUGCUUUCUUGAGCUGUUUUCAUAAAUGAGCUAUUAGCCUAUUAGCCCGAUUUACUUGGAGUCUUUCUUAUAGAGGCUAGACUCUAGAGCAUCCACUAAUAAUAGGGCUUCAGGGUUGAUGUUUGCUGUAGUAUCUAGCUCAAUUAUGUGAUGCAUAUUCUGCGAUUAGCUAGACAUGGUACUUGCAACAAUCAACCCUCAGAAAGAACUUAUUUCUUAAGGUAUCUAAUUACCAAUAAUUGUGUUUCAUUUUACCAAUAUGACUAUGGAAGUGUUUGGCAUGGUUAAUGAGUCCGGUUAACCGGAACCUCAAACCCAUGUAGGUGUUUGGAUUAGCAAUUUUGUGACAUGGAAUGAGAAACUCAAUCCCACUUAAAGGGUAUAUCAUUACUUACACCAUUGGAAAUAUCCAUUCUCAUACCCUUCAUUCACAUUCUCGAUUCUCAUUCCCACUCACGAACCAAAUGCCCCUAUAUCUCUGAAAAUCACAUUUUCCCAUAGAAACACUGAUCAGAACUAUCCAUCUUUGAUCCUUUAAUGUGGUAACGGGAAAUGUUUUAUAUAGGGAGGUACGUAAGAAGUAAAUAUUCAACUUCUGUUUCUUUUUUUUCUUUUUUUGGUUUCGGAUAGGGAGAACAUAAAGUAAUGAAAGCAAAAUACAUUUCACUGUCACUUAAAGAUGAAAUGAAAAGGGAGUGAAGCGAAUGAAAGGCUUCUAAAUAUUAAUUUUCUUAGUUUGGAAUUAAUUCCUUUGUUCUUGUUACAGUAUUAAUCAUUUUCACCUUCCUUCGCAUAUGUUUUACUUUGCCUCAUCUUAUCAAAAUUCGAGGGCACAAUUGCGAAUGUUAUUUUAUUUCACUCUGCUUCCCUCCUUUUCCGCUUCUAACAAAACUCAGGAGCAAGACGUUAAUAGGAAAGCCGGGGAGGGGGGAGAGGUUGUCUAUACCGCAGAUGACAGAAAGGAAUGGUACAUUUUACUGGGAGCAUGGAGCUAAAUAGCCAGAUCACGCGGAAGCAUAAAAUUCCAAAACUUGAAGGAAAAAUGGACAAACAAAGCAUAAGAUGGAAAAAAAAAAGCCAGGUAAACAAGCACAUGCAUCUCUUCUGCAUAUCCUUUUCUUUUGUGCAUGAUCCUCCUCAAUGAUCAUUGCAUGGAAUGAGAAACAAAGAAAACUCGAGGGCCCAUAAACCUGCCAUUAGUGGAUUCCAACCCCUCAUGUCCUUCCAAUCCUUUUAUGAAAAAGUAUUACAGAAACACAAACUAGGAGUAAAAAAAAGGUAAAAAUGUUUAUAUAUUAUAGUCUGUGCAGGUACUGCACUCAAUCAGAAAAAGAUUAGUACAAUGCUGUAAAUAUACUUCAUAAAAAAUUUGCACAAGUCUGGCACACAUUUUAACACUAGUUACCUGUAGAUAAGUAGUCUUUUCUUUUAAUUUGUGUUAAUGUUAGUGAAUUUAUUCAUAAUUUGCAUAUAUAUGCAUAUUUCUCUUACCAGGAAGGUGAAAGAGAUGGCCCAAAUAAUGGGCAUAUGUUAAAAUAUUAUUAGUACAACAUACUGAGCAUGUUGAGAGGUCUGCCUUUAACCCUUUAUAAGUAUCCUCAGAUUCAAAGUAUCUAUAAUGAAGCCACAGCUCCUACUGGGUUGCAUUGCAGUGAAUAUAUACAGAUUUGUGUGUGUCUGUGCGGUGCGCAUGGGCGGAUCUAGCAUGGGAUCUCUAAGAGGGCACCAACAAAUUUUCAGAUAAUAUCUUAUAUUUUAUAAAAUUUAGGAUGGUAAAAAAAUGUGAACUAAUUUUUUAAUGGGACAUGUGGUCCCCGUGCUCCUUACUAGAUCCACCCACACACGGUGUGACCUAGUUGGUUUAGGAGAAUUGUACAUGAUCAUAUUUUAGUCCCUCCUACUUGUAAUAUGUAACAAUUUAAUACAUUUUUCACAAGAUUGACUACUUAUUUGUUGGGGUAGACACAACUACAACCAAACAGGUUUGGAAACAAGCUACUAGAUCUCAAGAGUGCCAUUUUGGAGCAACUGUUGGCAUUGGGUUUUGAAUGGUUAGAAAGUUUGUGAAUGCCCAUCCUUGUAAAGAAUGUUGACAGAUUUGUGACGCAUUAAAAAAAACAUUUGCAUAUUUUUCAUUAGAUUCCAACCAAUCAAUGUUCUGAUUUGCUCUAACCAAGCCUGACACUAGUACAUUUUGGUCUCUUGUCAUGAACACUUCAUCUAUUGCAACCACUCAUUCUCUGAAAACUAUGCUAUUUGUUUAUUGUCUUGAGAGUACAGCAAUUAGAAAGAUUGAAAAAGAUUUUUAUGAGUAUAUUAAUAUUUUUUUUCCCCAUAAAUUUAGAGACCGGUAAAAUAUAUUUAACUGAUGUUACAUUACGAGAAGUAGAAAGACUGUUUCCGAGUUUUUUCGAAUUUAGGCAAAUGAUUAUGCAAAUUAUGUGCAUAACACACUUUGACAAUAGUCACAACUCACAACAGUUUUCACCUUACUUUGAAGCUAAGCAUUCUUAGAAUCAAACAGUUGUUUGUUUGCCAUGUGCUAAUUUCUUGCUUUAUCUUUUCUUAUUGUUUGAACUACUAUACAGCUUAUAAAUGUUUUCCUCAAGUAAAAACAAACAUGAGUGGUAUGUAUUUUCAUACUAUCUUUUUUAUAUUUCGAAGUUAGAUAAUGGAGAUGGAGUGGGCCCUUCAAGUUUUAUUUCAUCCACACUUAUGGCUGUAAUGGAAUUUCUAGAUGUUGACGUUAUUUCAUCCUUCUUUAAUGACCCCUGUAUUAUUCAUAAACCUGGUUUCUCUAAUAAUCUAUGCAAAAUUCUAUAUAAUCUUUGCAAACAUUAGAUUAUCGAGUCGAGUUCAAGUUAACGAGCCGAACUCGAUUUCGAGUCUCACAUUUAAAAACGGUGCAUCGACUCGUUAAACUUAUUGAACAAAUUCAAUUGUUCUAACUCAAACUCGUUAACAAACCGAGUCGAGUUAAGUCGAGUUUCUUAUUAAGUCUAGAGGAAUUUUUUAACGAUCAGUUCGAUUCGUUUACAGCUCUACAUGAAACCUCAUGCUCCGCGUAAAACGGGAAAAGGAGUAGCAAGAUGUGUGCAUGUUACAUGUAGGAGGUAGCAGCAGGCGCCAAAUAAUAAAUAAAGAACGCAUUAACAGUAGGUGGACAUUAUAAUCAAUAAAAAUCAAUAAUAAAUAUAAGAAAGAAAGAAAGAGCCAUUCAUUCAAAGGCCAAAGCAAUUAAGCAAGUCUGUUUGUUAUGCCAAAAGCAUUUCUUUUAAAGCCCCUCCACCAACACCGGCCACCUUCCUGUCCUAAACUUCUUUUCAUCCACUUCUCUCUGUAUUUCUCUUCUUAUAUCAUUCCAUAGAA